AUGUGCUGCUUUGAGCAUGUUGACUGUGAUCCAGCAGACAUCCAUGUGGCCACAGAUAGCCAAGGACAGACCCAGGAGAGGGCGGGUGGGGAAGGAUCACCAACAAGAUCCCAAGGAGAGGCUCAUCUGCUGGCCCUAGCACCCACCCAGUUGGCCUGGGCCAGCCAUGAUCAAAGCAUCCUCAUCUUCAACAACCACAGGAAGCCGCGGCUCUCCAAGUUCUACCAGCCCUACAUAUGUGUGGAAACAUUUGGCAAGUGUUUUGGAAAUGUCUGUGAACUCGAUCUGAUUUUCCAUGUAGAAAAGGUUCCCAAUAUUCUUGCAGAUAUGUUGAUGGGGGGAUUGGUAUUGGAGACCAAAAUGAAUGAGAUUGUUACCCAAAUUGAUGCACAAAAUAAACUAGAGAAAUCUGAGGCUGGCUUAGCAAGGGCUCCAGCCCAAGCCAUAUCAGCUGUAAAGAAUAUGAAUCUUCCUGAGAUCCCAAGAAGUAUUACCAUUAGCAACAAGAGUAUAAAAGUGCCAAACAUGCCCUCUUUUACAUAA